CACAGCUUCACUUUAGAAAGUGUCUCUUGACAAGUCUAUCUGGUUCGAGUGCUUAUCUUUCAGGAAACGUAUAAUACAAAGUGAAGAAGAAAGUUACGAACGGAGUGUUUAUUUAAAAAAAAUAAACGACAACGUAUCUGACCUCACAUGUGAUCAAUAACAAUUCGGAGCUGUUUUAUCGGAUUUAAGCGAACGAAUAUACACAUUAGUGCAGAGAAAUGGAUUAUUCUUAUUUCAUGACGGAGGUCGCUAAACGUAGGCGCCCCGCCACGACGCGGGAGCUAACUAAAAUAGCGUACUCUGCGCCGAAAAGCACUAUCUCCUUAGCAGAGGGAAUGCCCAAUGAAGAAACGUUCCCGUUUACAGAAAUUUCAGUUAAACUCUGCGAUGGUUCGUCUUUCACUCUCGAUAAUGACGAGUUAGCUGCCGCUCUCCAGUAUAUACCUACGCAAGGUUACCCUCCUCUUCUGCAGGCCCUGAGGGAAUUCCAGAGAAGGGCACACGCGCCACCCUUAUGGGAGAGUCGCGACAUAGUCGUCGUUUCGGGGUCUCAGGAUGGGCUUAGUAAAGCUCUGGAGGCUAUAAUCGGCACUGGUGAUCCGAUUUUGGUCCCCGACCCCUUCUAUCCUGGCGUCGAAGUUGUGAUAUCACCUCACAAAGCGGAACUCAUAAUGAUUCCGCAAGACGAUGACGGUCCCAUUCCGGAAAUACUACAGGAAACCCUGAGAAACCGAGAACUUUCCGAUGGAAAAAUGCCGAAGCUAAUGUAUAUAAAUGCCACAGGCACGAAUCCUACCGGUAUCAUCAUAUCGCUAGAAAGACGAAAAGAAAUCUAUAGGAUAGCCUGCAAGUACAAUUUCUUACUUCUCGACGACGAUCCUUAUCAUUUCAUGCAUUUUGACAAGGAAGAGCCUAAGUCUUUCUUAUCGCUCGAUACGGAAGGUCGAGUAAUUAGAUUGGACUCAUUCUCGAAAGUGAUCAGCAGUGGCAUUAGAAUAGGCUUUAUGACUGCCGCAGCUCCGUUGAUAGCUUGCGUAGAGCUCCAUUUGCAGAGCAGUCAUCUCCACGCUCCUACCUUAUCGCAGGUGAUAAUGUACAAGCUAUUUAAGAUCUGGGGUUACGAAGGCCUGAUGCAACAUUACAUGAGAUUAAGGCGCUAUUACAAGGAACGAAGAGAUGUUAUCUCGACGUUGGCACACAAGCACUUGAACGGUCUGGCGGAUUUCAACGUACCAAGAGGUGGAUUCUUCUUAUGGAUCAAAGUACCAGGAAUCAAAAAUACAUGGAAGAUGAUGCAGCGGGGCGUAAAGGAAGGUGUUAUUAUGACUCCAGGAGCCGCAUUUGCGAGAGACUCCACGAAAUGCUCUAAUGCUAUCAGAGCAAGUUUCACCAAGGCUUCCUACGAGGAAAUGGACCUGGCAAUGGAACGAUUGGCGCAAUUAAUCCGUGUGGAGUUAGCCGAAAAUUACAUAAAAAAUGUCGAUACAUGAUAAUAUAUUUGUACAUAUAUAUAAUAUAUGAAUUAUAUAUUUGUACAUGACUACACGGUUGAUAUUGAAGUUAACACAAACACCAGUUGGUAAUAAAAUAGAGAGUUCAGACCGGAAAGAUAUUAUGAAUAAUUGUUGAAUUGUUGAAUGUUAGAAGAUAGAAGGAAAUGUAACAGACAUCGAUAGAAUUGUACGAGUUCUAUUAAAUCAAUGAAUUUUAUGUAUUUUCGUCAUUUUUAAAACAUAGAAUUUAAAAUGUAGAACAUAGUCUCAAGUUUUGUUAACAGAGGACAUUACAUCACUAAAACAGCUAUUUUGCGAGCAUUAAAUUUAAUAACAGUUAAAACUAAGAACUUAUCGUUUUGUUAUAACGUAAUCUUUUAGUAGAUAUUGAUAUUUAAAGGCGUGCUUCAUUUUUGAUAAUAAUAGGAAAAAUAAGUUCUUUUUACAUUUUUAAAAUUUUUUGUAACAACAUGCAUGCUUAUAACAUGAUGCGGCAAUAGGGCGAUUAAUCUCAUGAAACUUUGAUAAAUGCGUACAUUAUUAUGUAAACGUGUUAAAUUAAAAAUAACUCGUUAAAAUUUAAUAUAUUAAAUUCUCUUAAAUCUCUCUCAAGCAUAUUACAUUGCCACACAUUCACGGCAGAUUAUUUUUAUCUUGCUAUUAUAUUUAAUUGAGAGCGAACACAUAUGUACAAGGAUGACAAAGGCAUUCAAAAAAAUGUACACUUUUAAUUAGGAAGUUGGUAGAGGUUCAUCUGGCAUUUACAUAUGAAAACUUUAUCGACGGAUACACUCUAAUGAAUUAUUUUGCUAAAGAUGGCUAGGAAGGAGCCGAAACGUUCAAAUAAUUAAGUCGAAUAUAAUACAGACGAAACACAUGCAAACGAACAAUUUGUAUGUAUAGUAACAAAUUAAAUUAUUAAUUUGGCGCCAAAAACAACGUAGAAUUACUCUCAGUUGCCUGUAUUAGCGAGAUUAAAUUUUUAAUUAUAUC